CAUCCACACCGACCACUGUCGAGUACGCACGUGGCCAAAUAAUAUUUUUACUAUUUGUACGCUUUAAUAUUACAAUAUAAUACCACAACCGCGGUAAUCGUUCGGCAACGAAAGACGGUAAAAUCGUUAUUAAUCGUUAUUUUAUCGUUAUAAUAGUACUCGCGGAAAAAAAACAAUGUUUUCUCCAGUCACGAUUUCGUUCGUUUGCGUCUCUCUGGCCGUUUCCGCUUCCGCCGCUUCCGUGCCCGCGGCGCAACAACAACGGCAAGAGGACGGAUUCGGCUCGGUACUGUGGUCGGUGCUGGACGACUGUUUCUUCGGCGACGGCGACGCGGCCACGCCUGCCACCGUGUGCCUCAAGACCAAAGCGCUGACGGCACUGGACAGGGCGCUCGGCAAGCCCGCCGUGACCGUCGCGGAAGGCGUGACGCUGGCCGCCCGGGCCGGCAAGUCGCUGGCCGUCGACCCGCAAGCCGAGCGGGCCGACCGCGCCGCCCUGGACGCGGCCCCGGACGCCGACGCCAAGAACGCCCUGCUGGACGACAUGCUGGCCAGCCGCAUGGACAGGCUCAUGUCCACCAGGACCAUCGUGAUGGACGGUGCCGGCCAAGAAGGUCGCAAGAAAAAGGACAAGGCCAUACAACAAGCCAUGAUGAUGGCCGGUAUGACGGCUGCCGCUAUAAUGGGACCGAUGGCGUUAAAAAUCAUCGCUUUAAUCGCAGUCAAGGCAUUGUUGUUAAGCAAAAUCGCGUUGGUGCUGUCCGGUAUUAUGGUGCUCAAGAAACUUAUUCAGCCGCAACAGGGAGGUGGUCACGAAACUGAGUCAUCGUCCCAUCAUUACGGCCGGAGCAUGCAACUCGAAGACGCUGCUCACCACAUGGCGUAUUCGAGCCAAAAACAAUAAUACUAACCAUCGCCACGUGGUUUAAUUUAUUAUUUAUUUAUUUCGUGUACAUGAUGGUACUAAUAAUAAUAUUAUAGUUUUUACUAUUGUUAAUUAUUCAUCGUAUAAUAUUUUAUUUAUGUGACUAAAUGGUACGUAUUGUUUGUGCAUUGUGCUCAAAAUUCAUUUUUUGUUUAUUUUUAAGCAUUUAUAAACUUUUUCUUAUUGCCUAUCGCAAUAAUAAUAAAUAUAUUUUU